AUGACAUCAAAUAAAAACAAUAAAUCAAAUAAUAAAAAAGAGAAUGAAUCCACUUUAGAUAAAAAUGAUAAUAAAAAUAAUAAUUCAAAUAGUUUAAAUUUUAAUGUUACUGAAUUUAUAAAAUCAUCAAUCAAUAGUAUAUUAAAUAGUAAUAACAGUAAUAAAAAUUUAAAAGAUAAAUAUUCAAAGAUUUUAAAAGACCAACAAAUAUAUAUAUCAUAUAAUGACCUUAAAGAAAUAUCAACCAUUUCCAAAAAUACAAAAAACAUUAUAUAUCUUCAAGAUUUAUUAAAAGGAUCAUCAAUAUACUAUCCACCAAAGAUAGUUCAACCUCCUACACCAGAACAAAUUGCAAAAAAACAAUAUUUAGAAAAAAUAUCAAAAGAAUAUGAAUAUUCGAAAAUGAUUAAAAACAUUUCUAAAAAAGAUGAGGAUAAAAAUGAAUUGGCAUCAUUUAAAACCCAACUUUCAAUUGCUGUCAAUAUUUUAGUUACAUUUUUUACACUUUUAGUAGUUGGUAUGUAUCUUGGAAACAAAUGGUUAAACUCAUUGGUUAAAGGUAUGAUUGUAGGUUUAGUAUUUGGUAUUGGUGGUGUCGCUGCUGAAGUUUGGUUGUUUGUUCUUAGAGGAACAGAACAUGAAUUGGGUAAAGAAAAAUCUAAAAAAACUGAAGAGAAAAUUAAAGAUUUCAAAAUUAAAAGAAGAACAAGACAAAUUAAAAAGGAACAGGAUCAAAAAUUAUUACAAGACACUUCAUCAAAUGAUAUUGUCAUAAACUAA